AUGAUUGCAGAUACAAAGCGGCCUCUUCAGGCACCUAUCAACAUGAUCUUUUCCGGAACAUAUUUGUUUCCGCUUUAUGGGAUCUACUAUUUCAUUAUCCACCCCUCUCUAUGGCCGUUCUACUUGACCAUUCUAGUACCUGAACUAGUAUUCAUUCUUCUUAUUUACGUUGUUUCUUAUAUCUUGCUUUUCCCAGCACAAGCCAUAGUAGCGGUGGUGUUGGCUGGUCCCGGAGGGCUAGUGGGAAGCUGGAUCUCAGUCUUGCAACAGGCUAGUCACAUUUCGACAAUCCUAUGCUCAAUACUUGUCCUACCUGAAGUACAAAGAGUUGUAUUUGAUGCUGUCUUAAGCCGAGAAUUCCAGAAUGACGUAGUCUUAUUGGGUAAGCUAAGAAGAGUAGUUAAAGUGCCAUUCUUGGUUAGGCUUGGUCAUUUGGUCUAUUUCCUCCCAGCCUUGCUUGUUCUUCCUUGGGUAAUACUUAGGGGGAUUGUGUUGCUUGGUCUUAGUUCUGUUCCUUAUAUUGGCCCCAUAAUUGUGGCCAUCCUACAAGCUUCUACUAAGGGCUUACAGUCACACUCAAGGUAUUUUGCCUUGAAGGGUUUCGACAGAAGACAGGUUACUGCAAUCUACAGAGAAAACACUGGCCAAUAUAUGGGAUACGGAUUUAUUGCCAAUUUGUUAGAUUCCAUUCCAAUUUUAAACUUAUUCUUCAUGUUUACCAAUGCAAUUGGAUCUGCACUUUGGGUGGUGUCCAUUGAAGAACAGAUAAAGGAAAUUGAAGGAGAACCAAGCGAUUUUCCUUAG